CUACAUGUAACUAUGGGAAUGCGGUGGGCGUUCAUCACCAUCAUCAUCAAAGAAAUGGUAGCAGCAGUCGACAACAGCAGCAGCAACAACAACUGCCUCAGUACAAGUCAAGUCAAGCUCCCUAUGAAAUGAUGAUGUCGGGUUCCAGUGGAGACAAGACAAUGUUAAUCUCUUCUCCCGAUUCAGCUAAUAUUCCUUCCAACACCAUAUCCACUACAACUGGCGGCGUCACACCUCCAAGCAGUUUUAACAUGAACAAUAACAGUAAUGGGAUGGCACAUAAUGUCACAACGGCACCUAUCACAGCGCCAAGGAUGACCGCUGCAACCGCUGAUACCAUCAACAACUCAACAACACCAUUAAUUCCUACUACAACAGCUUCAACAGAUACAAAGGUGAUUGAUCCUAUUAUCGACAUUACUGCUACAUCUGCUACUACCAAUAUUACGACACCUGUUACAAAUACUGCUCCGGGUACAGCACUGACAAUCACAACGGCACCUUCUGCUACUGUUGCUCCUACUACUGCUACAGCCGCAAUUAAUCUCGUCUAUAAAGAAAAAGUACAAGCGUUACAUGCAUGUAAAAUAUAAACCUCUAUUGGUAUUUUUCUGAUUCUCAAAAUUCUUAUUGACUUUGACUCUCUUUUUCUCAUUACAUAUACACACAUACACAUACCU